UGACAUACAACAUAUUUUCUACAUCAACGAAAAAUGUUUUCUUCCAAAAUAGCAAGAGAAAUAUUUAAUAAUAAAUCCAUUGUGGUUAGAAAAGUUGUUUUUAAUCAAAAUUUAAAAUUAGGGCAGAAAAAGCAUUACAAGUUUCUUGGAUUGACAUCUGGUGCAUUUGCUUAUGAUGCAUAUAACGACUUUCAAUUUUAUUACGGUGUCACGCGCAUUUUUCGUUCAUUGAGAAUUGCUGUUUGGAUUUCUAUGGAUUAUUCAUGGAAUUUGCUGAGUUUAUCAGAUGGAACUGUCAAGAAAGAACAGAAAAUGAAGGAAAUACAUUUGCGUAGCGCCACAAGGUUGUUAAAUGGUUGUUUAUCUAAUGGUGGCCUGUAUAUAAAAAUUGGUCAAGGUGUAUCAACAAUAAAUCAUAUUUUGCCAUACGAAUAUAUUAGCACACUUAGCAAAUUGGAGAAUGAAUGCUUACCAAGAGGACGGAAUGAAGUGAAACAUAUUUUUGCGAUAGAAUUUGGCAAAUCACCUGAAGAACUAUUUGCAAAAUUUAAUUAUACACCAAUUGCAGCUGCCAGCUUGGCUCAAGUAUUUCGCGCGCAAACUAAAGAUGGUCGUGAUGUUGCUGUUAAAGUACAAUAUAUAGACUUAGUCAAACGAUUUCCCGGAGACAUUUGCACAAUUUUAUCUAUAUUGUCUUUUGUAAAAUUAUUUCAUAAAAACUUUGACUUUACUUGGAUCUUACAAGACCUUCGCAAAAAUUUAGAACAGGAAUUGGAUUUCAUUCAAGAGGGUGAAAAUUCAGAACGUUGCGCCAAAGAGCUUAAAAAAUUUGAUUUCGUUCACGUGCCCUGGGUCGACUGGAACUUAACAUCAAAGCGAGUAUUAACAACAGAAUGGAUUGAAGGAUACAAAAUUACUGACGCUCAUUCUAUAGAAAGAGACAAUUUAGAUUUAUCAGAUAUUGAUCGAAAACUAUUCAAGGUGUUUUCUGAGCAAAUUUUUAACACCGGAUUCAUUCAUGCUGAUCCUCAUGGCGGAAAUGUCUUUUUGCGAAAAAAAAAUGACGGAACAGCUGAGAUUGUAUUGUUGGACCAUGGUUUGUAUGAACAUCUUGCUACUUCUACGCGGUUAUCUCUUUGUAAAUUCUGGGAGUAA